AUUAUGGGUAUUUCAUUGAGUAAAUUCAGAAGGCAUCGCCACCAUCGCCGCCACAACCGACACCAAGCACAGCCACAGGAACGGCUGCAGCAGCCAAUUGCUGCUGCUUCUUCUUCUUCUCUUGAAACCCCACCUCUGCAGCCAACUCCGCCACCUUGUCUUCCGUCAACAUCGCAACCAACUCCGUCACCUUGUCUUCCAUCACCAUCGCCAUCAACUCCGUCAGCUUCUCUUCCACCGCCAUCACCACCUACUCCGCCUUCCCUUCCCCCGCCGUCGCCGCCAACGCCGCCACCGUUUCUUCCAUCGCCAUCAUCAACUCCUCCACCACCGCGUCCAUCGUCUCAGCCGUCGUUUGUUUUUGCGGCGAAUGCGCCUUUCCCAUCGACUACACAAGGGCCUUAUGCGGGUUUGCCUUCUCCUUCGGCUCCAGCGCAGCUUUCUUCGAAUUAUGGUUCGCCCAUGACGAUGGAUGGAUUCGGUUUCUCUCAAUUUCCGGCCAAUUUUAAUCGUGGUUAUUCCGGGUGGGGCGGGUAUGUCCCGACACCGCCGCCGCUGCCGCCGUCGCCAUCGCCACCGCCAUACGUGGAUCACAUGAGUGCCAGGAAGAUCAAGAAUGAUGUGAAUGUUCAUAAGGAUACUAUAAGGGUUGAUUGGGAUGAGAAGAAUUUGGACUCCCAUUUGGUUUCUUUCACUUUUGAUGCUCUGGUCGACGGCAGCAUCACCAUUUUUUACUUUGCCAAGGAAGGAAAUAAUUGUUCCUUCACUCCUUUAUAUCCCGAGAUAUACAUGCCGAUUAGAAUUCCAUUCCAAAAUGGGUUGGGUCAAAAGUUCUGUCAGCGCUCAGGAACUGGCAUUGACGUGGGCUUCUUUGCCCUAGAUGACUUAUCAAGGCCAUCACAGAACGAAGAGGUGUUCCCACUGGUUAUCUAUGCAGAAUCAAGUCUGCCAUCACUUCCGCCAAUGCAUGAGCAGCUUGGUCAGCCUCUGCCUAUCGCUCCUUCCCGUGCACAGAUUACUCAAGCUGUGCUGGAGAAGAAUAAUGAGGGCCAUUUCCAAGUGAAAGUCAUCAAGCAGAUCUUGUGGGUCGAUGGAGUUCGCUAUGAGCUACGUGAACUCUAUGGCAUUGAAAAUUCUGAUGAAAGGGGUAUUGGCAACAAUGACACAGGGAAAGAAUGUGUUAUUUGCAUGACGGAGCCAAAUGAUACUGUUGUUCUACCUUGUCGUCAUGUGUGUUUAUGCAGUGAAUGUGCAAAGCAGCUAAGGCUUCAGUCAAAUAAGUGUCCUGUAUGUCGCCACCCCAUCCAGGAACUCAUAGUGAUUGUCCAUAAAGAACAAUCCUAAUCCGAUAACUCAGCAGGAUGACUGCUGCCCUUGGCAAAAGAUUUCACCAGACUCUUAGGUGGGAUCAAUCACAUGGCAUCAAAACCACAGUUCAUAUGCGGGAGAUGCUAUGAUCGCAUGUGAGAGCUUGUUUAUAGGGGGAGAAAGAAGUACAAAAAUUUCUUUUGGAAUAUACCAAAUUCUACAGAGGAAGAGUUGAAUUGUUGUGUUGAAAGAGCAGCAUUGUAUUAGUGAAGGAAUUUUACCCUUGGAGAAGAGUUGUAAUAAAGCUGACAGUAUCUGCUUAUGUAGCAUUCUCUCUCUCCCUCUCUUUCAUAUAAAACAAAACUUAUGUAUAUAGGAUGAAAGGAAGAGAAUAUGUGCUGUAGAAGUUAGCAUAAGAUGGACAAAGUAUAUAUCUUGGAAUCUGUGAAAGUUUGGAAGUAGACUGUGUUAAGAGAAUAGAGACCAAAAGCAAGGUCUUUGAUCAGUUCCCCACCACCCUUACUGUUGAAGAUUUGGAUCUUCCUGGGUUUUUUUCUUUGAGGCUCCACCACACUACAUAAUCAUUAUAUUCCAAAAAGCACAACCAAUUAGGAUACACCACCUGUAUAUUUAGGUCUUAUUGCUUUGUAACAAAUUCUGCUCUAUUGUUCUAUUCCUUGAUUCUAUUAGUUGUACUUGAUCUCA